UUCAUACUCAACAAUAUGGAGGGUAUAGAGCACAAGACCAUAAGUGUCAAUGGGCUCAACAUCCACAUAGCCGAAAAGGGUCAAGGUCAGUUAGUCUUGUUCCUCCACGGUUUCCCUGAGAUAUGGUACUCCUGGCGCCACCAGAUCGUCUAUUUGGCUGAUCAUGGUUACCGAGCUGUGGCACCAGACCUUCGUGGCUACGGUGACACAACAGGUGCACCAGUCGACGAUUACACCAAGUUCACCAUUUACCAUGUGGUGGGUGAUUUAAUUGGGCUUCUUGAUGCUAUCACAAGUGAAGGUGAAAAGGUGUUUGUUGUAGGUCAUGAUUGGGGUGCGUUUGUUGCUUGGCACUUGUGCAUGUUUAGGCCAGACAGAGUCAAAGCGUUAGUGAACCUAAGUGUGCCAUUUAUUCCUUGGGACCCAAUGGGUGACAUGGUCCAGAUGUUGCGUGCCGCAUGCGGGGAGGAUCACUACGUAGUUAGAUUUCAGGAACCUGGAGACAUUGAAGCUGAAUUAGCUAGAAUGGAUGCUAAAACAGUUGUGAAAAAAUUCUUGACAUUCCGUGAAUCUGGACCACUUUAUUUCCCUAAAGGGAAAGGAUUUCAACAUUCCCCUGAUGAUGCUAUCGUUUCCUUGCCAUCUUGGCUAUCUGAAGAAGAUGUUGAAUACUUUGCUAGCAAACUCGAGAAGGCUGGCAUUUCUGGUGGAGUUAACUACUAUCGAGCCAUUCGUUUGAACUGGGAGCUAAGUGCACCAUGGAGUUGCGCAAAAGUGACCGUGCCAACAAAAUUUAUCAUCGGGGACCAGGAUUUGGUAUACUACAUGCCGGGCAUGAAAGAGUACAUACACAAUGGCGCGUUUCAAAACGAUGUUCCAUUGUUGGAGGAUGUUGUGGUGAUGGAAGGUGUAGGGCACUUUAUUAACCAAGAGAAGCCUAAUGAGAUCAAUAAGCACUUGAUCGAGUUUUUAAGGAAAUUUUGAUCUUCUUUUUAGUCAAACCUGUCAAUCAAUCCAAUGUCGUAUGUCAAUCAAUCCAAUGUCGUAUACAUGCAAAUUCGUAGCUCUGGUCUGUUUUCGGGUGCUAAAAUUUGGUUGCAUACAUCUCUUGUUUUCCUUGAGACCUAUCUUUUGUUCUUCAAGUUGUAUUCACAAUACUCACAUAAUGAGUGAAACUGAAAAUAUCAUAAAGUAUUUGUAGAUCUUGUAAAACGGCAAAAUGGAUAAGUUGUGUAAUAGGAGAAAA